UCUCUAUUGCAUUUUAGCAGUGAGGGCAUUUUAUAUAAUGUUGUACGUGUUGUUGUUUUUUUGUAUAAUUCUGUUUCGUGAUUAAUGUGAUAUGUAAUGUUUUGUGUCUUUAUUGUUAAAGUGUGACAGCUGGAGACCUGUUUUGAGCAACAUCAUCAUGUCUGUUUAAACCAUCCUUUUACCUUAUUAAAGUGAAUCCUGAAUAUUGUACAAUAAAUGAAUAUUUUUGUAUUAUACCCACGGCUCCUGCUCACUUUUACUGAGGAACGAACUUGUGCGCCUUACCGCCUUUUGGGUGUAAGGAUUAUUUCCCCGGGUGUAAUUCCCGGGGUGGCGUAGUCGGAGUUUUAUGAAAAAUCUUUGCUUUCGUCAUAAAGCUAUCCCCCAACCCCCUCGUCAUGCCACAAAAUAAUACAUAUCCAGACCUUUAUUAUGUUUGCCGAUAGUGUGAGUCUCGCCUGUUCUAAAAACAUCGAGUAACUGUCCUGGGUAAACAGCAGACAUUUUCUCUGUAGUGCGUCGACGGUCGAUUUACAUUGAAGAUGACGCACAAACUGUUUGAAGGAAAACAGCAUGCCUCCCUUUAUCAAAUGUAUCGUUUUGAUGCACCUGGUGAGAUAAAGGAGAUCAUUUUGCAAUAUCUGGACAGAAAGAAAGGACAUCCCCAUGAUCUAGCUGUAGAUUUGGGUUGUGGAACAGGACAGAACUCUCGUCUGUGGGCACCACAUUUCCAGCAGGUGGUGGGCAUUGACAUCAGUGAGUCUCAGCUGAAGGAGGCAAGAGCCGCGCCGGGCUUUGCUAACCUAACCUACAGAGUGGGCACAGCAGAAGAAUUGCCAUUUCCAGAUGGCUCAGUAGACCUGCUGAUGGCUGCAUCUGCAGCUCAUUGGUUUGACCCCGAGCGUUUUUUAAAGGAGGCCACACGUGUCCUGAAGCCUCGUGGCUGCUUGGCUCUCUUUUGCUAUGGAGACACCUUUAAAUUCUACUAUGAUUCCUGUGGUGAUCGACUUUAUAAUAUAUAUAAGGAUGUAAAAGAAGUACUGACACCCUUCACAAGCAACAGGGUAGCUGUGGCCAACAAUAAGCUACAGGAUUUAUAUGAAGCCAUACCCUUUCCAGAUAAAGGGAGGAUUGAAGUAAUUCCAGUAAAAAUACAAAAGACUAUCAAGGACACAGUUGGGUUUUUUGAGACAUUCUCCAUGUAUCAAGCCUAUCUGAGAGCAGAGCCCAGUGCUGCAGUCGCUCUGUUGGAGACGGCAACAUCACGUUUUCUAGAGGAGAUGAAUGUGUCAUCAACAGAGGCCAAACUUGAGUUAGGCUUGGACUACUUCUGUGUACUGGCGUGUAAACCUCAAUGACACGUGAUACCUCCAGUACUGUCACCUUUGGUCCUUAGCUAAUUAUUUUUAUGAGAAGAUUUAUCUUAGAUUUUUUUAAGAAGUUGUUAAAUCCGUACACUUUUAUAAAUAAUUUAAUAGUGAAAAAAGUAUAAAUAAGUGCAUUAUUACAUUGCUUAGAGGGA